GACGGGUUGGUUACUACAUAAAAUGGGUUUCUGCCCCUCUAUCAGAUUAAUUAACAAAGCAGCUAAAGAAAUGUUAUGUGGUUGGAAAAGCAUGUAUAAGGUGGCCGGCAAUGGCGUCAAUAAAAAGCUUGAAAAUGAAAGUGUGGAGAAUGGGAAGAAGAUAAUAAAGGGGACAGUAAUAUUGAUGAAGAAAAAUGUAUUGGAUUUCACAGAUUUACAAGCUUCUUUUCUUGAUCGAAUUCAUGAACUUGUGGGUAAAGGUGUUUCUCUACAGCUCAUUUGUGCAUCUGAUCAUCAUCAUUCAGAAAAUGGAUUAGGAGGUAAGUUGGGGAAGGCAGCAUUCCUGGAAAAACGGGUAUCAACAAUAACAUCAAUUACUGCUGGAGAAUCAACAUUCAAUAUAACAUUUGAAUGGCAUGAAAGCUUUGGUGUUCCUGCUGCUUUCAUCAUUAAAAACUACCAUCAUUCUCAGUUUUACCUUAAAUCUCUAACACUAGAUCUUCCUGGACAUGGCCGUCUACAUUUUGUCUGCAAUUCUUGGGUUUAUCCGGCUCAUCGUUAUAAAUAUGAUCGUGUUUUCUUCUCUAACAAGACUUACCUUCCUCUUGAAACACCAGAAGCAUUACGCAAAUACAGAGAACAAGAGCUAGUAAAUCUUCGAGGUGAUGGAAAACGAAAGCUUAAGGAAUGGGAUCGAGUCUACGAUUAUGAUUACUACAAUGAUUUAGGAUUGCCAGACAAGGGAGAAGAGUAUGCCCGUCCAGUUCUUGGUGGUUCAAGCCAUUACCCAUAUCCUCGAAGAGGCAGAACUGGUCGAAAACCCACAAAAACGGAUCCAAACACAGAAAGCCGGUUGCCUCUUCUGAGUCUACACAUAUAUGUACCUAAAGAUGAGCGAUUUGGGCACUUGAAAUUUUCAGAUUUUCUGGCCUACGCGUUGAAAUCUCUAGUCCAGAUAAUACUCCCCGAACUGAAAUCUAUAUGUGAUAAAACACCCAAUGAGUUUGACUCAUUUGAUGAUGUGAUGAAGCUUUAUGAUGGAGGUUUUAAAUUACCAGAUGGGGCACUUCACCAAAUCAAAGAUCGAAUUCCUUGGGAAAUGCUUAAGGAACUUGUUCGCUCUGAUGGUGAACAGUUCCUUAAAUUUCCAUUACCUGAUGUAAUCAAAGAAGAUAAGUCUGCAUGGAGAACUGAUGAGGAGUUUGGAAGGGAAAUGCUUGCUGGAGUAAAUCCUGUUCAGAUCCGUCGCCUUGAGGAAUUCCCUCCAAAGAAUAAACUGGAUCCAAAACUCUAUGGAAAUCAAAACAGUAGCAUAAACAGGGAGCAUAUAGAAAAGAAUAUGGAUGGAUACUCUAUAGAGAAAGCAAUCAAAUGUAACAGGCUGUAUAUAUUAGAUCAUCAUGAUACAUUAAUGCCAUACUUAAGGCAGAUUAAUUCGACUCCUACAAAGACGUAUGCCACUCGAACAAUCUUGUUUCUGAAAUAUGAUGGGACACUUAAGCCUUUAGCGAUUGAACUCAGCUUGCCUCAUCCACAAGGCGAUCAGCAUGGCGCUGUUGGUCAAGUCUAUACUCCUGCCGAAGAGGGUGUUGAGGCCUCGGUUUGGCAACUAGCUAAAGCUUACGCUGCUGUCAAUGAUUCUGGUUGUCAUCAGCUCAUAAGUCAUUGGUUGUACACCCAUGCUAUAAUUGAACCAUUUGUUAUAGCAACCAAUAGGCAAUUGAGUGUGGUUCACCCAAUUUUCAAGCUUUUGCAACCUCAUUUCCGGGAUACAAUGAACAUAAAUGCCUUGGCUAGGCAAAUCCUCAUCAAUGCUGGAGGUGUGCUUGAGAGAACCGUCUUCCCAGCAAGGUUUGCAAUGGAAAUGUCCUCUUUUGUGUACAAAAAUUGGGUUUUCACUGAUCAGGCUCUCCCUGUUGACCUUCUUAAGAGAGGGAUGGCAGUCCAGGACACAAACAGCCCAUAUGGUCUCAAGCUUUUGAUCGAGGAUUACCCAUUUGCUGUUGAUGGGCUCGAGAUCUGGUACGCAAUUGAAACAUGGGUGGAAGAUUAUUGCUCUUUCUACUACCCAAGAAAUAGCCUAGUUGAAAAUGAUCCUGAACUCCAAUCAUGGUGGAAAGAGAUUCGCAAUGUAGGCCAUGGUGAUAAAAAAGAUGAACCAUGGUGGCCUGAACUGAAAACCAAACAAGACCUUACAAAAAUCUGCACCAUCAUCAUAUGGGUUGCAUCCGCCCUUCACGCAGCUGUCAAUUUCGGGCAAUACCCUUAUGCAGGAUACCUCCUUAACCGUCCUACUGUAAGCAGACGCUUCAUGCCUCAACCCGGUACAUCAGAAUACAAUGAGCUUGAAUCUGAUCCCAAGAAAGCGUUUCUCAAAACAAUCACAGCUCAGUUUCAAACUCUACUCGGUGUAUCCUUGAUUGAAAUUCUUUCACGCCACUCCACAGAUGAAGUAUACCUCGGACAGAGGGAUACUCCGGAGUGGACUACUGAUGCUGAACCAUUAGCAGCAUUCAAGAGAUUUCAGGUUACAUUGUUGGGUAUAGAAAAGAAUAUCAUGGAAAGGAACAAUGAUGAACGAUUGAAAAAUCGAAACGGGCCGGUUAAGGUUCCCUACACUUUGCUGUAUCCAAACUCAUCUGAUUAUUCAAAAGUUGGAGGACUUACUGGGAAGGGUAUUCCAAAUAGUAUCUCAAUAUGAAGUGAGUGUAUCAUUCCGUAAAGAGUUAUUCUUGUGAGAAAGCGUCUUUCGGUGAGAUGAGUUUAAAAUAAAAAGUCCAUAUGUUAAUAAUUUGUAUUAAUUGGGUUUUUAAUUUAUGUAUGAGGUGCGUCUCACGGUAAAACUGUUUCAUAGAAGAAUCUGUGAAUAAUAUGUUUCACA